GUAUUUCUGUCUCGCCCUUUACAUUAUGCCUUGAAACAAUAAUGUUGGUGUUUUCUACUGCCACAUUCGUAAGAAUAAACAUAAUUAAUAGGAAGGUUCCCAAAACUGAAUUUACAAUCGUUGUUUGUUGUGAAAAAUAUGUAUGAAUGAAUAAUUGCUUUUCCAUUACAGUCGAAUCCACUCGUUAUCUGCCAUAUAAGACCUAGAUAGAAAUGAAAAUUUGUUCGUCAAGAAGAAGAAAGUCGCUGCGGUGCAUUAUUUGUGUGGUGGCGGUGACCCAAUUUUUUUUGGACGACAUUUUAAUGUAGGUACGAGUCGCUCCACCCGUUCGUCCUUAUUCCGCGAAUUAUAUUUCCCUCUUGAGCCAUUUAGCCCGCCCCUUCUUCGCUGCUGCACUGCUCACUGCAUCCGUUACUUCUCGCGCACCACAACAGUUAUCGUCGAUAUUAUUACACAUUCAUGCAGCAGCAGCUACUACAGUACUACUAAUAAUAUUGAUAACAGACUUCAAAGAGCUGUUUAUGUGUGUAUGUGUACGUUUCGCCAUAUUUGUUGUUGUGUUCGAACUCCGACGUCCGUUGUGAUUAAAUCGUCGACUCUACCUUCGUUAUCUGUUUCGUGCGGAAAGACGGAUUGUUGUUUUUGUUUUCCCUCGUUUGUUUUUGUUAUUGUCGUCCAACGUUAGCUUUACCUUUAGAGUUUAUAUUAAAAGUAAUUUUUGUUCCUACAACCCAUUAAUGUUCGCUCACGUAUGAAUGUUUUGUUCGUCGCUCUGCCGUCACUGUGAAUUUCGCGAAUCGCAUCUCAGGACUUACCAGAAGCAACACACGUAAGCGCAAUUCUUCUGGUUCGGACGAUAUGACUAUGUUAGACGUCGGUUUGCCCACGUACGCCAGACGACGACAGCAGAGGUGGCAGAAACAGUGGCCGACCUAUGUUUGAAUGUCAAUAACAAAACAUUGUCUGCAUUGAUAGCUAUGAUGGACGAAAAACCCAAGUCUGAAGAUAGCAACUGUCAACAAGAGCAGGAUGCGCCCACAGUUGUGUCCGAAAAGGGUGUCCUGCUCAGGACAAGCGCCAGAGUGUCAAAGAAGCUGCGUAUGACUCCGGCUUCAACUUCUCCAGGACCUAGCUGUUCAAAAUUAGAUUCCAGUGACGCCCCAGUUUUUAAGUCAUCGAAAAUACGCCGUGAACUUUGGUCACUUGAGGAUACUAAUGCGUUUUUUGAAGGUCUUAAUGAAUUUGGUAAAGACUUUGAGUCCAUUCAAUGGUUUAUGGUAAAUAGAGCCAAGCGUAAAGGUUCUUGUGAACAGGCCGUAAAGAGUAAAGAACAGCUGAGACACUUUUAUUAUCGCACUUGGCAUAAAAUUUGCAAAUAUAUUGAAUUUCCUAAAGAAAUCCCAAAAGUAGUUCAAGAACUCUACGGAUUAAUUAACUAUGGUGAACUUAAACGUAGAGUAGGAUUUUGUAACGACAAAAACUGGUCUAAGCUGUAUGAAAUGAUAUACCACGGUACAACUAAAGUAAGAAGUAAAGGAAAGAUGUGGAAGGUAAAAACCCCACAUUGUCGGGCUCUUAGAAAACUGAAUUGUCUUGAAGAUACAAUUGGAGAUCUAAAGCUUCCGGGCAAAGUGAGCAUUGAAUUAAGACCUCGUGAUAUGGAUACUUGGUCCUUAGUACAGUCACUUGCUAUGAAUCCUCGUAUUAGAGCAACGGUAGAAUUACAAAAACCAUUGUCUAUGCUCUUAGCCUUUUUAGAAAAUAGAUGGCAGUCCGAAAAUUGGAAACUACGCGAACAAAUACAUAGAGUUCAGACACUAGGGCCCGACCAAGAAUCAAAACGAGUAAUAAGGGUUGCCCCUGCAACUGGAGUGAAUAUUACUCCAAUCAGUGUGAAUUUCAGUGAUAUUGAAAAUAGUUCAAAUGUUAGUCUUUUGGCACAUAGAAAUACUCAUAAAAUUUCUAAGGAAUCUGUUGAAUCAAUUCUCCAGAAAUUUCCCUCAACCAAAGUACAGAAACCAUAUGUUAAACGGGUGCGAACUGAAACGCCUAGUUUAUCAUCUGGAUCCUCACUAUCUCAGGAUAAUACUAUACCUACGUGUCCACCAGUUUUAUGUUCCUCAAAUGAUCAGACUUAUGAAGGAGAAAAAAGUAUGGAUGUACUUAUGGCCAGUCCACCUAAAAGCGAUACAGCUAUUUCUCCUCAAGAUCAUGAAAAAGAGAAAAAGGAAGAAUUUAUAGUUAGAGUUAAGCAAGGAUGGACAUUAGCUAAUGUAGAAUCCAUCAAGAUUGGAGAACUUUAUCUUAUUUGUGGAAGUGAAUCCAGAAUACAAUUGGAGUAUUGGUUCGAAGACAAUGCUAAAGCAACUAAUAAAAAUAGAUUGUCUCAAUCAUUAAAUAAACUAAUUUCAAUUGCUCAGUACAACUCAAAUUCACCAAAAACCUGUACAUGUGGAUUUGUAAAUAAUAAAGCCCACAGUUUACCAAGACAAGCUGAGAUUAAAGCUGAUGUAGAUCAAAUGCAACGAGGUGCAUAUUCACUGGUUAACGGUUGUAAAGUAAUGGUGCAUUCAUCAUCUGUAUUCAGGCGUCCUCUACAACCCAAGCCUUUACAUUCGACUGGUUCUUUUGAAGCUCAAGUUGGUAAACUUCAAGGCAUGCCACGUUAUUGCCAGCGAGCUGGUCGACCCGGUAAUAAACAUGUUGGAAUUGUGCAAAAACUACUUCCUUUGCAACCAAAAACUAGUUUGACAGUUGUUCAGACAUCCAACUUUAGGCCAAUUGUACCAGCUGUUAGCAAUGAACGAACAGUUGAUAUUGAACCAACUGAUACUGAUCAAUUAGAUCUAGCCGAACAUUCAGUCCAUCGAGCCCCAACCUUGCCAACAAAAACAUGGGGACCUGCAGAGCAAGAAGAUAUACCUGAUGAUGUCAGUAUUACAUCUUCAACUAUCAACCGAUUGAUAGACACCAUACCUGAUCUCUCAUCAUCGCCAAGUUUCUCUGGUCUGUUGCCACAGUGUAGUUCAUCAUCUUCAAGUCUGAUCACCCCUUCCACUAGUCCAUCUAGACUUUUAAAGGAUGAUGGAAAUCAUUGGCUGAAUCCAGAGAUGGAUUUUUCUUUAAGCAGUUUUUUGGGUCACCUUGAUAAAGAACAAACAUCUGAUUUGACCCAAAUUGAUGGUGGAAAAAUAAUUUCAAAUGAUGUUGAAGCCCAAUUUCAAUGUCUCAUGAGUGAGAACAGUACAGAUUACACUGCCAAGUUUGCGGACUUAGCAGCUCAGGUGGCUGCUAGCAAUAACAACUGUCAAUAAUUUUUUUUAUUCAUAUUUAUUUAGUUAUUAUAAUUUCAAUUUGUUAUUCGUAAAAAAAAAAUUACAAUUUUUUUAGGUGUUACUAUAUUUAUAACAAAAUGAUAAGUGUUUUAUAUAUUAUACAAUUAUACAGUGCCCGUAUUAUUAUUAUUAUUUGUUGACGUAACAAAGAAGAUUCUUUGUGUAAUAUAAUAAGUUGAGAUAGUAAA